GCGGAGUUCUUUCCUUAAGGCUAGAGAGAAGGAGUCCCGUUGGACUUAAAUCGGGUUUAUUUCCGAGGAAAGGCGACGCACGCAGGGGAUCGGGCUGUAGGGCUCCCUUUGAGAGAGUCCCGCCCUGCUAACGGUAUAGGUAGGAGAAGCCGCGAGGGAGGAGUUCAUAAGCCGCCCGCUUUUGUUUUAGUGAAAUAAAUACGCGCGUGCAGCGAUAAAAAGCGAGCUGUGCCUUUGUUUUCAAAUCAGGACGUUGUUGCUGCCGCUCCCAAGUAUUAUAAUCAUAAAACUGUAAAGUUGGAAGGGGGCACGAGGGUCAUCUAGUCCAACCCCCUGCAAAUGCAGGAAACUUUGGCCCAACGCGACUGCCUUAAUAAAGAAAUAGCAAUCCUUGGAAGAGUCCCCUGUAAAAAAACGCCUUUUGCUUCGGAGUUGCCAGAAAACAUGUUGCAACUGGGUGGGAUGCGCUGGUGCUUUCUCCAGGCAGAAUUUGGCCCCUCUGCAUAGAAUUUGCCCCCCUAUCAUUAGGCAGAGUGGAGCAACUGCCUCAAGCAGCAGGUGCUGGCAAGGCAUCAGGGGUGGCCUCUCCAGUGCCCUCUGCUGACCUCAUUGGUGGACAACACUAGACCAUUGUCAGUAUUGGAAAACAUGUUUGUGGGCUUCCUAUAAGCAUAUGAUUGGCCACUGUGAGUACAACAUGAGCUUUUUUUUUAGGGGAGCUGCAACAAUUGUUGAGCUUUAUUAGGAAAAACCACCAAAACUUACGUAGCUGGCGUUUUGAGGGACGGGCAGUGGCUCCACCCACCUACAGCGGCGAAGACACCUAACAGCUGCCAUGCCGCCCUGCAUCUCCUCUGCUGCCCAGCAGUCCAGCCCCCAAUGCCCAGCAGCCACCAUGCCGACCUACAGCCCCCCCCCUGCGCCCGGGUCGGCUCGCCACCCCCGCCCCUACACUACAGGGACUAGGUAAGCUUUUGGCCUCAUCCACCAUCAAUAAGAUUCAACUGCCAAUCCAAUUAGCCCUCUGUGUAAUAGAGGUGCUGCCUUGUUCUUUGCCUCAGGCAACAAAAUAUCUUGAGCCAGCCUUGCCGCUAGGGUCAGCUGUUCAGAAAUCCCUGUUAUCGGCUUGUGCCUAAACACGUCACUCAAAAAUGCCCACUGGGUUUGGCAAGAUUUCCUUUGCAGAAUAUGUGCAUAGAGGUUUGCACAGGUUUACUCAGGCUGCAUAUACAUAACUUUAAAGCACAUUCAAAGUGCACCCUGCACGAACCCUGGGAACUGUAGAAUUGUAAGAAGAGUUGCAGUUCCCGGCACCCUUAAACUACAGUGCUUAGAAUUAUUUGAGGGGUUAAAUGUGGCUUGAAUCUUCUUUAAAUACAGUGGUGCCCCGCAAGACGAAUGCCUCGCAAGACGGAAAAACCGCUAGACGAAAGGGUUUUCCGUUUUGAAGUUGCUUCGCAGGACGAAUUCCCCUAUGGGCUUGCUUCGCAAGACGAAAAUACCUUGCGAGUCUUGAGGUUUUUUUCGCUUUUCCCCCUUUAUCUAAUCUGCUAAGCCUUUAAUAGCCUUUAAUAGCCUUUUAGCAGCUAAUCCCCUAAGCCUUUAAGCCUUUAAUAGCCUCUAAACCGCUAAUAGCGCUAAUAGCGCUAAUCCGUCAAUGGGCUUGCUUCGCAAGACGAAAAAACCGCUAGACGAAGACUCUCGCGGAACGGAUUAAUUUCGUCUUGCGAGGCACCACUGUAUAUAGUGUUAAGCAGCAUCAGAAGUAAGCCCUGCUGUAUUCAGUGGAGCAUCUUCCAUACUAAGUGCACUUGAGACUGCAGCCUAUUGCUCAGGAAGCAGAAUGUACAGCUUGUGAAUUGCAACUAGAGUUGCAGACUCCUGAAAUUAAUGGAUUCUGGUACUGGCUAGGGUCUGGAGGUGGAGUCCAGAGAGGGCCAAUUCAGCUGCAGAAUCUAGUGGCUCUUGGCGGACCCAGGAGUAGAAAACAGCACAGUUUAAAAAAUGUUGCAGAAGAUGCUCAGGAGGGACUUUGCCUAUUGCUUUUCAAAGAAUUGUCAGAACCUCCCCCCACUGCUUAGUUUGAACUCUCAACAGGUGUGUCACUUGUUUGAUGGGACCCUGAGACUGUCAGCUCCCAUUAUGUGCUGGAGCUAGAGAAAUGAGAACGUGCACAUAAGGCACAUGGAGAUAUGGGUGGGUAGAGCAUCGAAAGUCCCGGGUUCAAUCCCUAGCAUCUCCAGGUAAGGCUGAGAGAGAGAGCCCUGACUGAAAUCCUGGAGAGCCUCUGCCAGUCAGUGUAGACAAUACUGAGCUAAGCUGACCAAUGGUCUGGCUCAGUAUAAGGCAGCUUCCCCUUCCUAUGUUCCUAAUUCACACAACUCUCCUGGAAAAAUAUCUAGUCUGCUUUUCUUUUUAUUUCAACCUGGUUGAAGUUUUAAAAACAUAGAUUGAGGACUCCUAUAUAUUAAGGGAAGGAGCCAAAAAUAUAUUUUGAUGAUUUUCAAGCCAGAAGCUGCCUAGACUCUAUAAGCUGUAAGGUUUCAUGUGACAUAUUUUACAUUCCAAUUUUAAGGUUUUGGCUCUUGGAUGAAAAAUAAAAUACCUGUAGUGUCAAAACCAGUCUUGAACACCCACUCACCCAUCAUAUUGCAUAUUUUACAGGAAUACACAAAUGUGUUUUUCUCAUAUGACUUCCUUGGCCAAUCUUGAUUUAAAUGGCAGCAUCUUGGCAAAUGUUAUGUGGAAGGGACCAGGUGAGGGAAAUGAGAUGUAGCCAGCUCAGCAACACAUUACCCACAGAAGCAGAGGGAAGUUAGGGCAGGGAACUAGUUCUUAAUGCUCCUUAUCUGCAUACCCUUUGUUCUCCAUUACAUAACUGCUGCCUCUUGAUGCAUGAACUGAAAAUAUUUCUUGUUUAGUACGCGAUUUCCAUUAAUUUUGUUUAGUUCCUCUGCCAAGCAAAGCAGGAAGUACACUUUGAGUGCUGGGAUGGCUGUAGCUAUGCUCUCCAGAGGACAGAUGUCAAGGGGAGACAAAAGUAAACACUCAAAAGAGGUGAGCAGUUUUAUGUCUGGCCAGAAGAGGAAGCAGAGACAAUGGUUUUUGUAUUGUUUAAAUGGUUUUCAAAGAAAAUUGGUCUUCAAAAACAAGGCAUUAGCAGCUGGGAAGGUAUCUUGCAUAAAACCACAACUUCUGCACAACUUCAGUUUAUUUAGGGACAUAGAAUGCUACUUUAUACUGAGUUAGAUCCCAACUGCAUCAAGCUCAGUAUUCUCUACACUGACUGGAAGCAGCUGACCAGGCUGGUGGUAUUCCCAGCCCUAGGAGACUGGGUGGCGCUGUGGCCUAAACCACUGAGCCCCUUGGGCUUGCCGAUAGGAAGGUCAGCAGUUCGAAUCUGUGCAACAGGGUGAGCUCCCAUUGCUCUGUCCCAGCUUCUGCUAACCUAGCAGUUUGAAAGCAUACCAGUGUGAGUAGAUAAAGAGGUACCGCUGUGGCAGGAAGGUAAACGGUGUUUCCAUGUGCUUUGGUUUCUGUCAUGGUGUUCCAUUGUGCCAGAAGCAGUUUAGUCAUGCUGGGCACAUGACCUGGAAAGCUGUCUGUGGACAAACGCUGGCUCCCUCAGCCUGAAGCGAACUAAGCACUGCAACCCCAUAGUUGCCUUUGACUGAACUUAACUGUGCAAGGGUCCUUUACCUUUAACCUUUUAUUCCCAGCCCUACCUAGAGAUGUUAAGAGAUUGAAUCUGGGACUUUCUGCUUGCAAACCAGGUACUCUCCUACUGAGCUGUGACCCUUCCCCAAAUUUCCCAGAAAUUUCAGCAAAGUUUCUGCAUAAAUUGGAUUAUGUAGUACAAAAUGACGGAUGGCAUGUCUGCUUAGGGCAUGUUGGGAGAUACGGGUGUUCUGAUAAACUGGGUCAGCUCAUCCACUCUUUGCUAGCCAAAGGGUAUCCAUGCAAACCUGCACCAAUCCUCUGGAUUGGCCUUUUUGGACCUAUGGGCCAGAGAAAUUGUGGGCACCGCACACACACACAGACACAUACACCACCACCACCGCAGCCAAGCACACCUUUGCUACUCACUAUAGUAGAAUGUAUCUUUCAAGCCUCAUUUCAGCCGAGAAGAGGACCCUCUGGGUGCCAGAGAAGAUGUAUUUUGGUUUUUGUAUCCUAGAAGGUGCCAUGGCAGUGAGCCCUGCUCUAGUUAGUACAAGUAGAAGGGCAUGCAAAAUACGUUCAUUGUUUCCUAUAGGUUUAACAGCUAACCCAGGACAGUUGUGAAAGCUCUACCAUUAUCCCAUGAACAGGGCAGUACUUAAAGUUUUAUUUUUGCUGGGGUAAUUUAAUUAUUCCUGCACAGUUUCAGUUUGGCUCAGCUCAUUUUUUGUAUUGUACAUUCUGUACCGUAUGUUUCAUUAAUUGAAAAAAAUCAUGAAGAAAAUGCAUGAAAAAUAUUUCUUGGGUUCCAUAAUCUUUUCCAAAACCUAUUUCGGAAAAGGUGGAUGAAACAUAUUUUCAGCUACACGAAUUCCUUUGGCUUGCACUUCUCAUGAAGACAGUGGAAUAGAUAGCAGGAGAUGUUAAUGCCUUCCUGUCAUAGUCCUAACAAAGCUCACCUGCCAGUGCCAGGCCAGUAUGGAUAUGUCUCCAGCACGUUCUCUCUUACGUAGAAUACUCUUUCUUUCUAGUGGGUAGUACUUAAAAUGAAUGUUAGAUAUCACCAGGCUUAUCAUUUGAUAAGUGCUUUGAUGUAUACGCUAUAUAAAAAGCUUGCCCUUGACCACAGGAGUCAUUCACAGAAAAGGCAGGGUAACAAUACAUUCAUCCCCAUAGCAUCCUCGAACUUCCAUUGGAGGGAUUGUAAUCCAAAUUCAUUCAGCCUUUCCUUUGGAAAGCAAGGCUCUGUUUUUGUUUUUUUCAAGAACACUAUUUGGCAAUAUUUGCGAUGGUGCUUUUAGUGUUGACAUUUGUAAAUAACAGAUAUCCUUUCUGCUGUGGUUGAAUGUUUAGCACUGGAAAGGGCAAGGGAAUAUCACAUUGUGAACUGUAUCUUCACUCUGCAUGCUUCCUCUCAACAAUUCCAUCUAAAGCCUGAACAACUAAAAACAAUGGGAAAGCUUCCAUUAGCACCUGUAUAAUGAAGCUCAACUCAUUUGCUCUUCGUCUUCCUGCUACAGUUACUGCUACUUGAGAGGUAUAUUUCCUGUGAAUUUCUGCAUGAUGUGUGCAGCAAAAGGAACAAAUCUCUCCAGUAUCAUUCAGAGGGCAAAUUAUGAUGCUGAAACUUGGGAAGGCAUGGUAAGCAUCAUCAUAAGAACAUAGGAAGCUGCCUUGAAUUGAGUCAUACCAGCUGUUGUUGUUUAGUCGUUUAGUCGUGUCCGACUCUUCGUGACCCCAUGGACCAGAGCACGCCAGGCUCUCCUGUCUUCCACUGCCUCCCGCAGUUUGGUCAGAAUUAUUUAGCCCAGUAUUAUUUAGCUUGUACCAGCUCUCUAAGGUCUUUCACAUAAUCUACUACCUCAGAGUUGCUAGGCGCCCAAGACCCAUCAGCCCCACUCAGCAUGACCAGUGGUCAAGACUGAUAGGAGUUGUAGUUCAGAAAGACCUAGAGGGCCACGUGUUCCCUACCCCUGCACUACCGGAAGUCAGCUUCCCUGAAAUUAAAAACACUACAAGUCCAACACCAAAUACAUUGGUGCAACUACAUUGCCAAGGGUUUAGCUGUAGGGUAAGAAGCAUGUGAAAUGAGCCUGUUUAAUAGUCCUUUGAUGAAAAGGAGGGUCGCCGCAGUUCACUUAACAGCACAAUCCUAUGCAUAUUUAAUUCAAAGUACAUUCUGUGCAAGUUGUUAUACACCAACCCAAACUCCACAGCCGUGCAAGAUUCCAGGGUUACAGGCACUUACCUAUGGUUCAUGUUUCCUUUGGAAAUGAGGCAACGUGGAGAUUGUGGUGUCUUUAUGUUAUAUGGUUUAUUACACAUAUAUACACCCGAGCCUACAAUGAAGGGGUUCAAAGCAUUCUACUCAAAGCAGGUUCUGUCUCUCUCGUGGCUGCAACGUUUAAUCCAAAACUGCCAGCCCCAUGCUGCUCUGAGUCCUCUUUCUCCAGCUCGCAAACUCCUUGCCAAAUGCAACAAACUCUCCUUCAGCUUACAUCCUCGCCCACUCCAGUUCUGCCCCUCACUCCUGCAACUCUGUCUUUUUUCUCCUGCUGCCUAUCUCUCAGCCCAUGGCUGGGCUCCACCUGCCUGCAUCCAGAUAGUCUUUGCCUUGUUGAUGGCUUCCUUGAUGGGUCAACACCCUGCCUUCGUUUGCUUAACGACCUGGCCAUUCAGGCUGGCCUGAACACUGGAGGAUUGGUUUGGCCUGUAUUUUGCAAAGCCAAACUCAGGGUCUGGCACCCAGGGAAUAGAAGUGGGGGUCCAGCAAUUAGAAGGGGAGUCCAGGCACCCCACAAACUAUAGCACAGGCCAAUCGGCUAACUUCAAAAUAGUGUGUAUAGGAUUGCAGAUAAAACAUGCUAGUAGCAGACUUUACAAAAAGUUGUGUACAAGUACAUUUAUCUCAAUGGCUAGGAGACAUUCAAAACAUUCAGAUAAUACACAAAUGAUGCUGUGUCUGAGACAUGCAAAGUAAAGGUAGAUAGCUGUAAUUUUAACUGAAGUAUAUGCAAGCACUGGAUGACCUAGACCAUUUGCAGUUCUUUGGAAUACUACAGCAAAGGUGAAUUAAAAUGAUUAAUCUGAAGUAUCUCAGAAAACAUUGGAUCAACAGGCAAGUAUGCCUUAUCUCUCUUAACAGUCAAGAGGAGUGGAUAUUAAUUAUUAACAAAUGUAGGAUGGAAACAGCAGAUGAAAAUUAAAACUCCUAAGAUGGUUGAAUUCCAUCUUAAUAUAUCCUCGAAGAUCAUGUAAUCACAUCUGUUAAUGGGCAACCUAAGAAUGCUACAUUUCCUGAGUGACAAAAUCUAAAUGACCUCAAAGAUACAGUCUUCAAAGAGUUUACGUAAUCCAUAAUUAAUGGACGUGUUUAAACAGUUCAAAACUCUGGAGGUGAAAAUAAAGCCGAUCUAUGUUCACUACACAAGUAUGACCACAGCAUUGAAAUGAUUCAGUCACAAAUAGCCUUACAUGCAUUUUUGAGCAACUGCCUUGAACGUUGCAGCCUGGUAUCUUUUUUCAGUGUUUAACCUAUUUAGAUGCAAGGCAGAUUCAGAUCAGAUCAGGUAGAUUCUAUGUACCAUUGCUUCUGUAAAUUUCUUUACAGUCUACCAUGGCAAAGCUUUCCUAGUGUUAUUAUUCAUUGGAAUCAGACAGAAGCCGCCCUUGUCUUUUAAUCAAGAUGAACUUGAAAGGUGAACAUUGUAAGUGGCAGAAAUUAUUUAUAAUUUUGGUAAUAAAAGUUUAUGUCCAACAUUCCAAAUUUCAUACAUCUGCUCUGGUGCUGGCCUUGAGAUAUAAAACUGUUGGAAGUUUCCUUUAGAGUGGGCAUUAGUUGAAAGGGGAUAAAUCAGAAUGAUAGAGUUCAUAGCCAUUCCUAGCUCACAAAAUUUCCAUAUUAACAUCUUCACCUCAAACAUAAAUGGUUGCAAAGUUACAAUGAAGAGAGUUGCAUUGGCCUUUGUCAAUUGAGCUUAAUGAUGGAAAUCCAGACAAUGGAACAUUUACCUACUGUGGAGCGUUAAAAGAGGAACAAUUUCAGAAUCCUUGUGCAGAAGACCCAAUUAAAAAUUUAUGGCCAACUGUAAAACAUAAAGUGAUAUUUGACAGUCUUUCUCUUGUUCUCCUUUUACCGAAGUACAAAACAAUGAAACAUAAGAGGUCCUCUCACCCCCCAACUACUUAUAAUGAAGCCUUUUUCAUAGAUCAAUGGGAGCUGUACAGAGGAUUAAAAAUGUGUUUCAGGGUUGUAUUUGUUUUAUCUGUAGCUCAUGCUAUUACAAAGGCUGGGAUAGCAUAACAGAACAAAAAACAUAAUGUUUUUACAGUUAUUAAGCCCUAGCCAUAGUUAUCAAUUUAAUUAGGGCUGCAGUUCCUUCAUUCCUUUACCUGGGAGCAAGCCCCAUUGAACUCAAUAGGACUUGCUGUUGAGUAGACAUGAAUAAAAAUGUCUAUUGAAUGACAUUUGGGAUUUAAAGCACCACAGCUUUAAAGCACAUUAAAAGUAAAUCUAUCAUUACAUAAAUUUUCAUGGAUUACCAAAAAAUGAUGCAAUCUGAUGAAGUGAGCUUUAACGCCCAAAUAAGUUUGUGUCACAAUAAAUUUGUUAGUCUUGAAGGUGUUAGUACUGAUCUUUUUAUCGUUCUGCUAAAAUUGUGCUGUGAUCUACUUCACAGGGCUGUUGUGAAGACAGUAGACUGUAAAAGACUUCAGAAUUUGGUCACCUCCACACCAUACAUUAAACACAUAUGUAAGGCACAUUGCCUCUCUCAAAGAAUCCUGAGAAAUUCAGUUUGCAAUUCCCAGCAGCCGUAACAAACUACUUUUCCCAGGAUUCAUUGGGGAGGCCAUGUCUCUAGGGGAAGUAUAACAUUACUGAAGGGCAGCAACUAAGAACAUCUUUCUGCUUCCUCCUUCUUAGCCUGUUCCCCACAAUGGGCUCCCCCUUCUCUUCUUCAUCUGACAGCAAUUACCACCCCAGCCUCGAGCCAGUGAUGACACCAACCCAAGACAGACUUAUCUCCCUCCAUAAGUGGAUACAGGUAUUCCCCACUGUGUACCAUUGCACAGUGCUUCCACGGACAAACUUAGGGCUCGGGUUCAUGACAAAUUUUCAGAAUUAGGAGAAAGAUUGCACUUCAGUAUUCACAACCCAAAGGCAAACAACAAAAGCAUCCUCAACCGCAAGCCAAAAUCACUGUAGUGAUAGGAAAGGGUCCGUAUGCUCAGACAGGGGUCUCGAGUGGACUCGUUCUGCCAGUGCAGAAGGUAGAGAGAACUAAGCUAGAAACCUCUUGUGCUGGAGAUUUGACUGGUUCAGUAAACUUAAUAUAUGGCGAUAAUUGACAAACAUGUUUUUGCUGCAGUUUCCUAACCUAUCAAUCUAUUGAGGAGCUUUUAGGCUAGUGUCCUAGUAUCUUGUCAGCAAUUCCUACAACUUUCAGCAGGACUAGCUGAUCUUACGAAUCACAAUUAUUGGCCAUGACUAGAAAAGUAUUGCUGAAAACAAGCAAGGUCUUAAGAAACUGAACAAGUGGGUGGCAGGUGUGAACUUUAUAGAGCCAGGCAUGGGCUUUGGCAAGUUCUGAAACAAACCAACUAUGGCCACAAUGUGAUAUCAGGAUGUAUGUAAAACGGGGAUGUAUGUAAAAUGGGGGGGGGCAGUGUGAUGCCUUUCAGAUGCUGUUGGACUACAAAUCCCAUCAACCCCAGCCAACAUGUCCAAUGUUCAGGAACAGUGAGAGUUGUAGUCCAACAACAUUUAGAAGACAUUACAUUGGCUACCCCUCUUCCAGCACUCCAAAGACUACACAGCUAGCAUGAUAUGCUGCUGUUUGCCACACCAUUUGGGUUGUCUAAUAGUGUGUGAGUAUUCACACACCCAACUCAUAUUGGCUCUUUUACAGUGUGCGCUGGAGUUGAAGACUCCAGUCCUAAGAUGUUGGCAAAGGAUCGCACCCAAGGAUCACCAAUGAGGAAGGAUGGGACAAGGUUGUUUGAAUCUGUAAGCACAUAUAUGGGGAAUGGGGAAGCAAGAAAAGGACUCAGUCCAGUCUCCAGUCUUGUUUCUUUGACCCCACCACAGAUUAUUAGUGCUGCCAGAGAUGUCCAUCCUUAUUAUUUGUUUGGCAGUGUCUCUUCAAUACAGAUGUGCCAUGUGAAAGUGCUGGACACACAGUUCUUACUCAUCCUUGUUUGAUAUUUCUAGCAGGGGGUAGUCUAGUCAGGAAUGAAAAUUGGUUUCUGCUUUUGCAUCACUCUUGCCAAAUCGUGGCAAUUGUGUGGUUUCAAGCCCAUAUCUAAUAUAGAGAAGCUGUAUUUCAUGUUAGCCUUUGGGGUGGGGGAGUGAUUACAUCACUGGACAAUUUUCCAGUUUUAUUAUAAAUUUUUAACUAUAUGGAUCAAUUUCAGGGUGUGUCAAUUUCAAGGUCUUGAAUUAAAGCUGUAUCAUUGUCAAACAAGCAGCCUAUAACCAGAAAUGGUUAUUCUCCAUCCAUGUUUCCAAUUACUGAAUCUAAUAUAUUAUUAAAUUAGCCUUUACCCAAAAAGCAUUGAUUCUCUGCACAAACAUCAGCUUAGACUGUCUUGUAAACUGCACAUUGUUUUCCCUUCUGCUUUUAAUUUCAUCAAAGUAGAAUUGAUUUUGUCAUGUAGAAGAGCUAACCCUAGCAACAAAUCAGGUUUUUGAAACAAAAGUUCAUUGUAGAUACCAUUCCCCCCCCCCUUUUGUUGAAAUGUUUAUUUUCAUUCUUUGCUUUAGUUUAGACUUGGCUUAUGAAAAAUGCAAUGUUUACUGUUACUUAUAUUGCUCUUUAAUGUAGCUAGUUUUGUCUACAAUUACUACAAUAUUCAAAGCAAAUGUGGUAAUAUCAUGCUCAAAAUCUCUUGGACAAAAUUGCUAUCCAGACGUGAAUCUUACGGUGUGUCCUAGUGAAAAUCACAGAUUCUUAGUCUAAUUCACUUCAGAAGUUGGUUUGGAGGGUAAAAUGAGGCAAAUGUGCUCUUGGGAUGAGGGCAAGAAAUAUAUUCUAAAAUUAAUAAUAAAAAUGGCUAAACACAGCUAUUUUCUGGUGACGAGAAAUCCAAUGAAUGCAUGGAUCUUUCCAUGGGUUCCGUUAUCAGGGCUUGGUUGCUCCAUGUUCUGAAAUGCAUACUUAAAUCUUUCUAUGCAGAUCCUCUAUGCAGGACUCACUGGACUCUGGAUCAGGACAGCUAAAAGUUUGCUAACUGCUUUUGAAAGACUAGGGCUGUCAUGGGCGUAGCCGGGGAGGGGCAGGUGCUCCCCUAGAUUGAGUAAAACAAUAUAAAUUCUUAACUAACCAACCAACCUCGUCCGUUUUGCCCCCAUCAACACAAGUCCUGUUCCCCUAAUCAAGUCCUGCCUCCCCCAACAAAAAUCUCGGCUACACCCAUGAAGGUUGUUAUUGUUCUUUUAAGUUCCUCAGCAAUACAAGGGAGGCCUGUUUUACAACCUGAGGCUGUGUAGUAUAGUGAUUUGACUGUUGACCUUGAACCCAGCAAACCAAAGUUCAAACACCUAUGUCAGAGGAAGAGUGGAGCCGGGGGAAGUCAGAAAGAGACAGUGGCGGGCUGGCGACAUUUUGACUUGCUAGGACCACAGAGCAGCAGAGGUCAGGUUGACAGGAAUCUCCCCUGUAGUGCAGGGAGUAUAGUGACUUGGUCCUGUUGCAAGAAUCGCCAGCUCAAGACCCCCAGAACCUUACACACUGCUGCUCAACUGUGACGUUAACUGGGCAGUCUUGGGUCAGCCACUUUCCCUCAGCCUAACAUUAUUUACAGGGAAGUUGUGAAGAUAAUAUUGGGGAGUCUGGGAGUGUAACAUGCUACCAAGAGCUCUUUGAACAAAAGGCUGGUAUGCAUGUAAUGCUCAAACUUUUGUGCAGCAAGCAAGCCACUGUCAUAUAGUGGUUAGAAUGUUGAAAUAGGACUUGGGAGUCCAAUGAUUCCCCAGCAAUAUCUGAAGGGACAGUGUUAUUUUUCUAGAUAAAGAGGUGCCAGAACUCACCAUGGAUGCCUCCCUUGUUCUCUUAUAAUGGCAAUGGCACCCACCAGAGAGGUGGCAUCACUGAAUUCCAUUGAGUUCCAGGUGGAAAAAAAGCCCUAGUCCUUAGAUAUUGCUUGGAUGCUAAAGUUUUUGAUGGAUUUGUUUUAUGGUGUAUUUACCAUGUAUAGUUAUUGUUGCCCCAUAGGAUAGCUUGCUGGGUUAUCAAUAUUACAAUCAGUCAAGCAAGUAAGUCACUUUAUUCGUAGAAGUGACUCUAAACCACUUAACACAAGUAAACUGACCCCCAGCACCCCUCACCAUCGGCCAAUACUGGCUGAGGAUAAAGAUAGAGGACUCUUCCUAUCUCUUUCCUGUGUUUGUUUAAGUUAUAGGUCUGUUUCAUCCGUCCAAUUUUAUUUAUUUUUUAUUUGGCAGACUAAACAAAUGAAAAGAUGCAUGAAAAAUACACAUUUAAAACUGUACAUGUAUUUAUUGAUUGAUUGAUUUAUCCUGCCCUUCCUCCCAAAGCAGCUCAAGGUGGUCAACAGUUUAUACAUAUUCUUCCCCAAAAUACGGAGUUUGGUCAAUGCAUCCCCUCCACCCCCAAGGAACACAUAUUUGUACUGUUCCAUGGUUGCCACAUAUUCAAUUAGUUUCUACACAAACUAUGGCUUUUAGAGCAGUGUGGCACCCGUACUUUGGAACACUGUUGUCACUGAAAUUAGGCAGGCACCCAGAAUUCUAGGAACAUAUGGAACUGUUUUAUACUGAGUUAUGCCAUUGGUCCAUCUAGCUCAGUAUUGUCUACACUGAUUGGCAGUGACUCUCCAGGGUUUUAAGCAGGAGUCUCUCUCAGUCCUAGAUGUUGAAGAUGAAACUUGGGACUUCCUGCAUACAGGGAAAAUGCUCUACCACUGAGCUAUGCCCUUCCCCAGAUUCUGAUGCUUUUCUGCCUGCUGAAAAUGUUUCUGUUUCGCCAAGCAUUUCUAAAGAAUUAAUUUGAUUCAGAGCUGGUCAUUUGUUCUGCACAUUACAGUUCGAUAAUUUUAUGGUGUUUUAAUGAUUUUAUUGCACACCACCAUGCUUUCUCUUUUUUUACAAUGAAUAGGCAGUUUAGAAGUAUACUUGCAAAUAAAUAUCUAUAAACCAUUCCUCAUAAAAUAUGCAUUUUUGGGUGCAUUUCUUGAACUGAAAGUGCAUCAUGAAAGUCAAAGAGCAUAAUCUGAUUGACAGCUUUAUUCCGAUCUGCAUAUAGGUCCAGGAUCAGCAAAUGAGGUCAAUUGACUUUAAAAUGAAGACUGAAUAAAUUUCUCUUCCAUCCUUAGCUGGGGAUUAUGGGAGUUGUAGUUCAAUAGCAUCUGAGGACCCCAGGUUGUGGGAGAAUGAUGCAGACAUGGGAACCUCCACCCAUACUUUUUGUUGUUGCAGGUUAAUUACUGAAAAGAUAUGUAAGUGUGUGCCCUUAACACACAUUACAACGCUGGAGUGUAAGGACUGCACAAUUAGACACUUUAAAAUUACAUUAAAUUCAAUUGGCUUGAACUUAUUGCAUUAAAGUCAGUGUAACAAAAAGUGAUUAAUCUGAUUGAAUCAUGUCCUUAAUUAUUACCUAGGACUAUGUAUUGUCCUUAAAACAAAACAAAAAAAAUCUAAGUACAGAUAGGUUUCAGUAUUUUUUCCAUGCCAACCUUAGAAAGUCAUGCCCUCCCAUCAGAUGUCAGGGAGAAAAAGAAUUACACAACUUUUAUAAAACAUUUGAAGGCAGCCCUGUUCAGGAAAUUUUUUAACUGACAUCUUAUUUUAUAUAUAUAUAUAUAUAUAUAUAUUGCUGGAAGCAGCCCAGAGUGGCUGGGGAAACUCAGCCAGAAGGGGACAGGGUAUUAUUAUUAUUAUUAUUAUUAUUAUUAUUAUUAAAGCCAGUCACUUUUAUUCCCAUUUUAGAGUUCGGGAACUGAGGCUGACGUAACUGAAUUGCUAAAAGGUGAGUCAACAGCUCAGGCAGGGCUUUGAAUCUUUUAUGUUUCAUUUUGCUUUUGUAAAGUCAUUCCCAAUCAGUUUAUUGAAAGCACAAAAGCAGGUGAGCUUUACUAGAAGCCUGACAAUGCCAUGAGACAGAAACUGAUACAUUAUUUAUAUUUUUAUUACUGCUCAGAAGGAAUUUUGCUAUCAGAUUCCUUUAUAGCAUGUAUAAUGGUUGAAUAUUGUUAUAGCCAUUUCCUAGAGGCCACACAGGUUUUUUGGUUUGGUUUGGUUUUAUGUGUGAUUUAAAUAUGAAAAGAGAGUGGGGAAAAUAGGUUAAAUUAUUGUAUGCCAUUUCUUUUGAGGCUGGCGGCCUAAAGUCAAUGGGAAAGGCUAAUGAUUUACUGCAUGAGCAAGUUAAAAAUGUAUGCACUAAUACAUUUUACUGCCCUGUAUAUUCAUGCUUUAUUCCUCUGGCUCUUAAACAAAGUUUUUUAAAAAAGAAAAACCACAUAGAGAGAGAGAGAGUUUUCUACAUUUAGAGAUAUCUCCUGAAAAAUUGCCCUAACAGAUAAUAGAAGAGUUAAGAAAAUGCAAACAUAUAAUUUUAAAGCAACCUCUUUGCAGUUGUGCAUCUUUCCCCUUGUAACAUGGGAGUGGAGUCCUUAUCUUCCUAUUUCCAUAAUGAAAGCUCCCCAAGCACAGGCCACUGUGGCAGAUUUACAGCCCUGGAGCAAGAGAAGUGACAGGCAUUUUAAUAUGAACGGAGAUAUGAGGUCUUUAAUGUACAGUGAUGUCACUUCUAACAAGGUAGAAAGUGGGGGCAGGGAACGGAUGGGACUUUUCAUCUGUUUGUUUGUUUCCCCUUCUCACUCCAGUCACCAAAGCAAGUGAAACCUGCCCGCUACGUCAGUGACCUUUUUUCAACUGGGAAAAGGUCGCAAAUAAUUGAUAAAAUAAGGGAGGAGAUUCUGUUUAUUCAGGUGGAAGGCACAUGCUCAGGUUAAGGGAAGGGUACAGACCUUCCUUGGGCAUGCAUUAACCAAAAUAAGGUAAAGCCAAAAAUAGUCUCUAGACAGAAAUUAGUUUGGGAGCAUAUAAGGGCAAGACGUGGUAACGAAUGUCCUCAAGGGGUGUUAAAAUGAAUCGCUUAUUGGAUGUUGACCCUCUUGGAUAUGGCCUAGGAACUUCUAUCUAGUCUGAUUGGUUGGUCAGAGAACAGGAAUGACUGGUGCAAUAGUGCUGUGUUGCAGAGCCAUCCUCCUGACUUGGAAUAGGCAAAUCCAUCAAGUUCUGUUUCUUCUCGUUUCUCAUUUUCUUCUGGUCUUCAGUCCUUCCCAAUUUCCACAUCAAUCUGCAACUUUUGAUGAAGUCCUCAUGGAAAUCCACCGUCAUCUCAGUGCACAGUUCUUCUAAUACUUUUGCAAAGCAUUCUUUCCAUAACAUAACAUAAUGCAUUUAUUAUCUCCAAUACAGUGGUACCUCAGGUUACAGACGCUUCAGGUUACAGGCUCUACUAACCCAGAAAUAGUAACUCGGGUUAAGAACUUUGCUUCAGGAUGACAACAGAAAUCGUGCGGCAGCGGGAGGCCCUAUUAGCUAAAGUGGUGCUUCAGGUUAAGAACGGACUUCCGGAACGAAUUACCGUAUUUUUUGCUCUAUAAGACUCACUUUUUCCCUCCUAAAAAGUAAGGGGAAAUGUGUGUGCGUCUUAUGGAGCGAAUGCAGGCUGCGCAGCUAUCCCAGAAGCCAGAACAGCAAGAGGGAUCGCUGCUUUCGCUGCGCAGCGAUCCCUCUUGUUGUUCUGGCUUCUGAGAUUCAGCUUUAUUUUUUUUCUUAUUUCUCUCCUCCAAAAACUAGGUGCGUCUUAUGGUCUGGUGCGUCUUAUAGAACGAAAAAUACGGUAAGUUCUUAACCCAAGGUACCACUCUAUAUGCAUUUGUAUGCACACUGGAUAUGCACUUUUGAAAAUAUUUCUUGGCUGAGUCAACGGGAGAAAAUGCCUGCUCUGCAAUGUUCUGUAGGCUAUGAUGCACCAAGUAACAUUUAUCCAAGUGCUCUUACAGGUUUCUGCAAUAUGCAAAACUGUUUAGAUUCUAUGAUCUUUCAGCCCCUCCCCAACCUUCUCUCCUUGGAAAAAGUUAAUGAAUGAAUGGGUCAGUUGACAGCCUGUGGGUCACUUGGGUGCAUUGCUGCCAGCUUUAUGGACUUCCAUGUCAGUAUGGAUUUCAUUCAUUGUAUGAUCCCAAAACUGCGCUUGUGGCCUUGCUUGACAAUCUUUCUCUAGAGACUGACAGGCAAACUUAUACUACAUUGACCCUAUUAGAUCUUUCUCUGGCCUUGGGUACAUAUGACAUCAAGAGGUGUUAGGGACACAGUGGUGGGACCUGAGAGGCAUUUACAUGCCAGCAACUCCAUUUGUUCUCCAAAGAACUUUCCCAAAAGGUAACAAUGAGUAAUUGUGCAAUGUUCCUCUGGCACCUCCCUUAUGGAAAGAUUUAUAGGUGUCUCAUUAUUAGUUUUUACUCUCUCUAACUAGGGCUGGAUUUAGGUUUGAUGAGGCCCUAAGCUGCUGAAGGUAAUGGGGCCCAUUAUAUGUCCAGCUGUCCUUUGUCAACAACAAAUUGUCACUGUUUUUUGUGUUAAAUAUAUGCUAUAUGGUAAUUUAUGGACCUAAUAGGUAUCUAAAGCCAUUUGCCACUGUUGCUGCAUGUAGGUUUUAUUUUAUUUGUUUUUUAUCUCAUAUUUUGUAAAUAUACAUCAAGGUUUUUUUUCCUUUAACCUUUUUUGGGGGCCCCAAGAGAGUGGGACCCUAAACUAUAGCCUGUUUAGCUUAUACGUAAAUCCAGCACUGUCUGUAACCCUUGGUUGUCAAAUAUAUAUUCCAUAUAAGCAGUGCUAUCCUAAACCUGGUUUCUACGCAGUGAGUUCCAUUGAGCUCAGUGGGUCUUACAUUCAGAGUAAUCUUGCUUAGGAAUGCAUUAUUAGGAUGCAAUCCUAAACACUAAAAAGCAUAACCCAAUGAAUAUGGUACAACUUACUUCUGAGUAAACAUGCAUAAGAGUCUGCUGCUAAUCACUUGCUUCGCAGGGGCAAGAUCUUGCCUUGUUUGGAAAAAAGAGCCCUGGUUUAAUUUUAAGUGGUGGUUAUAUUUUUACUGUUAAUAAUGCUACUAAAUUAGGUAUUGCUGUGCUGUUCAAUAAGCUUUAUAGUUGCAUAGAACAUUUAUGCUGCUGCACACCACCCCUGUCUCCAAGCAGUGUGAGAUUCCAUGCCGGCCACAUGACCCGAAAGCUGUACGCCGGCUCCCUCGGCCAAUAAAGCGAGAUGAGCGCCGCAACCCCAGAGUCGGUCACGACUGGACCUAAUGGUCAGGGGUCCCUUUACCUUUACCUUUAUACAGCUCUUGGGACUCUUCCCAGCAAUACUCCUUCUCCCCAGGCAACACUCUUCAAUGUUGCUGCUUUGCAUGAGCCUCUGGUGGUUUAGCCUGGCUGGAAUGUGUCAUUGAAACUGAUAAUGCUUUUUGCUUGCCUGGAUGGUGCAUAGAGAGUGGUAUGUGCGUGUGUGUCACAACUAACCUACUGUACUGGACCUAAUGGUCAGGGAUCCCUUUACCUUUACCUUACAACCUUAGCCUACAACGGAGGAGGUCACAGCAUUAACACCCCACAAAGGUUCUGCUUCUCCCAUCGCCACAGCCUUGGAUUAAAACAGAAAUCAAACAUGGUUCUGACUCUCCAGCUUGCUGCUUUUCCUCUUGCUGACAUCACUGCAACUCUCUGCUCUCAACUCUGGCUUUGUCCUUCUAACUGAAUGGAGUUAAAAGGAGGGAGCUCCACCAAUUUGCCAUUUCCUAGAGACCCCUUAAUGGCCCCUCACCCAGGCUGUCACCUCACCAGGAGUCAAGUCUGUCUAUUCCAAGAAUUAGAAGCCUUGAUUAGAUUUUAACACUUGCUAGAUCCAGGGAUCGGAAGGGUCCCAGCAUACAGCCUAACCCCCCCCCAACCCCCACCCCUCAUAGCACUACUUUGGUUUUAUAUAGCCUCCUUUCCAUAGUGAUUUAUUUCUACCAAGUUAUUCUGAUGGCUACUUCUGCAGUACAAUAACUGCCCCAGAUUUUGGAAUGGAAUCAAAGAGGGGGGGGGGAGAGAAAGAAGUUAUCAGGUGUUUUCAUAUAUUUCUCAGAGUAGACAGCUUAGGGGCCCUCUAGAUACCACCAAACUCCAACACUCCCAUACCUGACCAUAACCAUGUUGGGUAGGAAUAAUAGGAGAUGGAGUCCAACAAUAUAUGACUUGGCUACCCUUGGCUUGGGACGUGGGUGGCGCUGUAGGUUAAACCACAGAGCCUAGAACUUGCCGUUCAGAAGGUCGGCGGUUCGAAUCCCCGCAAUGGGGUGAGCUAACGUUGCUCGGUCCCUGCUCCUGCCAACCUAGCAGUUCGAAAGCACAUCAAAGUGCAAGUAGAUAAAUAGGAAGCGCUCCGGCGGGAAGGUAAACAGCAUUUCCGUGCGCUGCUCUGGUUCGCCAGAAGCGGCUUAGUCAUGCUGGCCACAUGACCCAGAAGCUGUAUGCUGGCUCCCUUGGCCAAUAAAGCGCUGCUCUGGUUCGCCAGAAAUGGCUUAGUCAUGCCGACCUAGCAGUUUGAAAGCACGUCAAAGUGCAAGUAGAUAAAUAGGUACCGCUCCAGCGGGAAGGUAAACGGCAUUUCCGUGCGCUUCUCUGGUUCGCCAGAAGCGGCUAAGUCAUGCCAGCCACAUGACCCGGAAACUGUACGCUGGCUCCCUUGGCCAAUAAAGCGAGAUGAGUGCCGCAACCCCAGAGUCGGUCAUGACUGGACCUAAUGGUCAGGGGUCCCUUUACCUUUACCUUUUUACCCUUGGCUUAGGCUAAUGCCAACUUAUUUGGCAAUUAUUUUUCUGGGUAAACAUGCAUAGGAUUGCACUGUUUGCUUAUCAUUACUGUUUAUUCCAUUGACCUAAAUGUACAUCCAUUCAGUGAAAAGCGUCUUCUUUCCAUUUUCUCUCUCACACUAACAGCUAUCUUGAGAGAUGCUUAAAGGCACAUCUCUGGGCAUAAUGAAUGAAAACGUUCGACGAGACCACAAGAACAUUUCCAGAUGGAUCACACCCAUGGCAUGCUGCUGCAGAUGGAAUGUGUUUCAGGAACUGUAACUCAGUGUGCUGAAUCUGUUUAGCAAUUAGAAUGCCUAUGUUGACAAAGACAAAUAAAAAAUAAAUAAAAAAUCAGCCAAAGAUAGUAAUGAGAGACUAUAGUCAUGGCUCCAGUGGAACAUAUUAUUAACAUUAACCUUAGCACUAGGUCAUGCACUGUCCCUUCUAAUGAGUGAUGUUAGGGCUUCUCUGACAGGCUGAUUCCAAGCAGAAGAGUAACAUAACCUUUCUAUUUGAUUAUGCCAAGAGGCAUAUAUGAACUGCAGAAGGCUAGACAAGCCUAGCCCUGUAUUAUAAAGAAUAAUUUGAUUUCCAUCCUAUUCCCUUCCCUGGCCUUUUAAUUUCCUGCCAGCAAAGGGGAGUCCAACAGUCCAGUCGUAUACACAUGAAUCUGGCAGUUAAAUCCCAUCAAGUUCUACAAGACUUACAGUCCUCAGCGUAUUUACUCAGAAGUAAUUUCCAGUAUACACAAUGGGACUCGUUCGCUGAGUACUGUUGUUGUUGUUGUUUAGUCGUUUAGUCGUGUCC